AUGGAAACCCGCAGUGAUGAGGCCGAUUACGAUUAUGUACAAAAUAAUUCCGGCGCAACAUUCACUGGACUGGGCUCGUUGACUGAGAGCGCCGCUUCGAGGUUUUUCUGGGUUGCCCAUCGCGACUUCCGCUUCCAGGCUUUUCUUCAGCGAACGCCGGUCGCUGUCAUCGACGAUGAGCCAUCAUCUGCGUAUAUACUAGAACGUUCUCGACGGCCCAUAGGCGUCGUACCGGGACGGCGUGAGCCUGUCGUAACUUUUAAUAAUUGUAAUCACAGACAACUACACUCCGAUGAUGACGAAGCUGUUACGCUACGACACCUUGAAAUUAAUUAUUGUGUACAACACGAUUUUCAGCCACACAAAGCGAAUUUCGACAACAUGCCGAAGUUACAACUCAAACGCCAAAGCAACAAGGAGAACAUUCCACAAGCAUUAAAACGAAAAAAGACGCCACUGGGGUCUUCAAGUUUGCGAUCUCCAAAACUCCUAUUUAGCGAAGAAAUCGUCGACCUGACCACCAGCGACAACGAAAGCACGAGUUUGAUGAAAAGAAGACGAAGAAAGCUCUCGAGUUCAAGAUCAUCACGAUUUUUUUCUUGUAAAGACAGCAUAACAGUAAGCAGUGACGAUGAAAGCAAUGACAGCACCCAUUUUGAGGAAAUCUUAAAACUUGUGCAGAAACCGCGGGCUCGCAGAAGCGACAGCGACCGCAGCGCUGAAAAAUUCCUGCAAUCGCUGGAGGCUCGUGAAAACAAACAGACCAAGGCAUCAAAAAUUCAUAAAGAAAGGGUGCCGUCAAAAAGUGAAAGAGUUGAUGGGAGUUUCUUACGCAGCGAGAGUUUUGAUUCAACGUUGAAGUUUUUGUUGACUCCACCGAGUGAUUGUAGUCCAGUUACAUCGUCACAAAGCAGCAGUGCGGACAAGUCUGAUUUGAGUUUUGAAGAAAUAAUAAACAUACUUUUAACGCCGGAUGCUAGUCCACUGAUUAAAUCAAAGGUUGUACAGAAACCGCAACCCAAGGUGCAGCCACCGGUGGUUAGAAAAUAUGAAAUUGGUGGAUCCACAAAAAUGGUAACUGGUGCGGUUUCAAAAUAUGGGAAAGAUGGUGAAGCAAAAUAUAAGGGGGAAUUCACUAAGCUAAAGCCAAUGAACAAUCUAAAUUCCUCAAAUGUAAGCAUGUUAGACGACCCAGGUAAUGUUGGACCGACGUCGCAACUACAAAGACACAUUUUGGUGGAAAGAAAGAGUACAUCAAGCACUUCAAAAUUUUUGUCAGUAAAUAAAAAUAACAGGAGUGCUAAUUCGAAAAAAAAUACACCGAAAAUCAGUCUUUCACCUGCCAUGGAAGUGCAACAGAAAAAAACUAAUAACCCUAGAUCAAAUCUGGCGUCCAAAUAUCACUCAGACGAAGAGGCAAGAUUUAAACUAGCACUCACUAGAGCACUAUACCCGAAUUUAAAAGAAAGAGAAAAAAAUGGUUCAGAUUUGAUCAAUGCAAGUGAAUUAAAUGACCACAAUAAUGUUAGUCAACAUUUACAACUACCACCGAAAAAGAAUUCGCAGAACUUGGUCUCGAGUCAGAAGGUCCACUCAGUACCACGGACACGAAUGAACAGAAAUAACGAAACUCUUGCAUCGAGAAAUCAGCUACAGAAAAAUAUUCCUCCACGACCACUAAUUUCGAACUGUUUAAAGUCAAAAGAAUCAAUAAACAUCGACACUGUGGAAAAUAUUGUUGACCAGUUCUUUUCAGUACCUGAAAACAAUAUAUCUCUGGAAACUCAAGCAAGUAAUUGCUCACAAACAACUCGAUUUAAAGAAAUGAGCACGCAAACGUCGUUCAAUGAAAGUUUUAUUAGUGUAUCAACUCUCAGAAAUGUUGUACCACCGUCUAGACAAAUUGGGUCUAUUUCUAGUGCACAGUCCAGCCAAAAUGGUGACCUAAAUAGCGACUUUAGCUUAGUUUGUCAAGACAACACAAUGAGACACUGUUUUGCAAAAAAUACCCCUAAGAUGUCUCUAGAGAGACAAUUGUUGGCUAAACGAAGACACAUUUUAGAUGUUUUAUCUCAAGAUGUCACCCUGUUGCCAGAUGGCAGAAAAAUGUACAACAAUAUCAGUAAAAUUGGUACAGAUGAAUGGUUAAGGUUUGCCUUAUAUUAUGUUUCUAAUGAAGCGAUAAUUAAUAAACGCGAAAAAAUGGUUGAUAUUGUGGAAACCGGAAAUACUUUUGAUAUGUAUGUUGAUUACCGCACUCAGAUACAGUUAAAACGCUACAACGACAAAGAAACAAAAGUGUACAAAUUAACGAAAAUAAGAGCUCUGAACUGUGGUAUUUUUAAAAAUGACGACACCGCCGGAAGCACCGAAAUAAUUACAACAGAAGCGAGUAAAUCUCAGCUUCAACUGUCAAUCAACGAGAUAUGUAAAAACCAAAGCUUGAGAUGCGACGAUUAUGAUCCACGAGAACUAGACAAGUCGAAAAUCCGUAUCAAAAUUCAUAGCAUUUUUGCAAAAAUGUAUGAAGUGUUUGAAAAUAAUCAGAUUCCGAAUAUACUAUACGGACGACAACAUAAUUUCAAAGAUUGUGUUUUUGAGAACGAAAGAUUGAAGCGUGGACAGUUUUCUAAAAAAAUCAACAUGAAAUACAAAAACUCUCGUUCUUUGUUUUGUCGCAUAGUGUACGUUUUGGGAAAAAUUUAUGUUUUGCUUCAAACGAAUAAGAAACUCACGAAAAGAGAAUUGUUUUAUCAGAUUAAACACAUAAUUGUGCGACAGUCUCUUGUGGAUAGAGCUAUUGAUGAAGUGUCGCGUUUGUUGGGUCUGGGUCCGUGGAACCUCAAUAUAGUUACUCAUUCGGGUUUGGUUUAUGGGAAUCUCCAACUAGUUUGGGCUUCUGGUGAAAAGACAAACUGUAAUUUACCAGCAACUUUAAUACCAUACGAUUUGGACAAUCUCGUCGAAGUACGAUCCACUGCCGCUUUUAUACUGGUCGUCGAAAAGGAGUCUAUAUUUCACAAAUUAUUAGAAGAGGACUUACCUAACAAACUGGCGCGUCCUUUUAUUAUGAUAACGGGGAAGGGAGUACCCGACAAUACCACUCGCCUAUUUCUGAAUAGAAUUUCAAGAAUAAUGGCAGUACCCGUUUUUAUUAUUGCCGACGCUGACGUCUAUGGAAUUAAAAUAAUGUUAACGUACAGAUUUGGGUCCUUUGCGAACUGUCACUUGUCGGACGAUUUGGCAGUACCGCAUGCUCGUUGGAUGGGAGUUUUUCCCAAUGAAAUUAAAAAAUACGCCAUGAAAAAUCAGCCAAUAACCAAAAGGGAUAAAAAUCAAAUUCAAUCCGUCUUGAAGUAUCCUUAUCUAAAACAGUACCCAAAAAUUGUCGCCGAAUUGGAAUUCUUGUUGUCUUGUAACAUGAAAGCUUCUAUUGAAGGUCUCUUGAAAAGUAACACGUUUCUGAGCGAAUCGUACUUGCCUAUGAAGUUUCUCAAUCAAGAUUUUAUUUAA